AUGUAUGAUGUAGAAUCAGCUUGGGAAAAACUGGACCGAGCUGAGAAUGACCGUCAAGUAGCAAUUAUUGCCGAGUUGCAGAGGCAAGAACGCCUAGAGCAACUUGCGCAGCGUUUCCACAAGAAAGCUAAUCUACGAGAGAGCUGGCUGAGAAACGUGCAAGCGGUGCUUGAAGAGAUGGACCACGGCAGAACAGCUACGGAGGUGGAAAAAUCACUGAAGAAGCAGCAGGCUAUAGCAAACGACAUCCUAGCAAGAGAGGACCGCUUCAAAUUACUUACAUCGAUGUGUGCUGAUCUAUGCAACGAGCGGUAUCACGAGAGCGAUAAGAUCCGUGCCCGUGAGAGGGACAUAAUAGAAAGAUGGACGCACUUGUUGAGCUUACUCGAACAACGUCGCAAGGCGCUGAUGAGCUUGAAUGACUUAAUGACCCUUCUGAGAGACAUUGAUACUCUAUCUAGUGAGCUGAAGCAUCUAGAGCCAGUCGUUCGUAAUCGUGAUGUAGGCAAACAUCUACUAGGUGUAGAAGAUUUACUUGGCAAGCAUGAACUCAUUGAAGCUCAGGUGCGUUAA